AUUGUCUCCAUUUUUUGCCAAUCUUCGGUUGGCAGCAAUUAAGUCGGUUGUAAAAAGGAAGAAGGAAAAAACAAAUUAUCACGAGUAUUAAUCGAAACCGAGCAAUAUAUCGAUCACUCUCAGAAAUAACUGAAGAUCGCGAAAUGCAAUGUUAUUGAAUUACCAUUUUAAUUUAAAUUAAAUAUAAAUUUAAUUAGCGGCAAAUAAAUAGUCUGUUAAAGAUGGGCGAUGCGAUCAACGGUAAAAAAUUAUUUAUGAAAUUAUGCGCUAAAUGUCAUACCACGGAAAAGGGUGGAAAACAUAUGAUAGGUCCUAACCUGCACGGCAUCGUGGGUAAAACUUCUGGAACUAUUUCGGGAUAUAAGUCCUCGCCAGCUAUGAAGGAAAAAGCUGUUGUGUGGGAUGAGAAGGCUUUAAGCGAUUACCUCGCAUGGCCAAAGAAAUUCAUUCCAGGAUCAUCAAUGGUGUUUAUUGGCGUCAAGAAGGACGAAGAGCGAAAAGAUUUGUUCGCUUUCUUAGCUACUUUGAAGUAACCGCGUUUUAAUAAAAUAGCACGCAGCAGUUUUUCAGCGCAAAUGUAAUGUGCAAACCAUGAGGAUGUUAGUGUUAUUAAUUAUAAAAAAUAGUGAUAAUAAAUGUACCUGAAUAUCUGGAUGAUUUCCCAAGACACAAAGUGCAAAACUCGAGCCAGCCGCUGUGGUAUCAUGACCCUAUAAUAAAUCGAUCGAAUAAUUAUUUUCUUUUUGAUACGUAAAACAAUAACUUACGACUUAUCAUUUAUUAUAGCAAUGCAAUUCGCGAUGUAUUUUGUAGAAGUUAAGAAAAGUUGAAAUUAUAAAAAUUCUCGUUUAAAGAUUCACGAUAAAAUUAAAUCUAUUCUCGAAAUGAAA